AUGAUGACCGGAUUCUUUGGAAGGUCGUCAAAGUCCCCGACCGGACUAGAAGAUCUCACCAGGGAUGUUGAAGGCAUGAGUUUCGAAGACAGCACACCUAACAGCUCCCCCCAGCGCUUCAGAGGGUCUCCCAGAAGCAAUCAGAGUUCUCCAAACAGAACGCUUGAGCAGUUUUUUGGGACUGGCGGAAAGCACCUUGAGAGGUUGAACUUCACCUCCAACACCAACAAGGAGAACACUCCACCAACCACUCCGGCCCGGAAUUUGCUCCCUCCGUCCGAUGGCGCAUUUGCCAGAUCUUCUCCAGUUUCAAACUCCGGGUCUCCUAACAGGCUGCCAAAGGACUUCUACACCAAAGCAAACGAUCCGAAGACCCGCAGACUCGUGACUGUGUGUCAGAUGUACUUCCUCGAUUACUACUGCGACAUGUUCGACUACCUCAUCAGCAGGAAGGAGCGGGUCGGAGAAAUGGAGAAAGCACUGGACCAAUUGCAUCCUUCCGAGCGCCAGUACCAAUGGAGAAACUACGUGGGCAGGGAGAGAGCGCUUCUGAGAAAGAGGAGAAUCAAGCCAAGGCAUAAGGAUUUUUCCAUCAUCACCCAGGUUGGCCAGGGUGGUUACGGACAAGUUUUUCUGGCAAGAAAACGAGACACCAAGGAGAUCUGUGCUUUGAAAGUGCUGAACAAAAGACUGCUGAUGAGAACGGACGAGACCAGACAUGUUCUUACUGAGAGAGAUAUCCUUACCAACACCCGUUCCGAGUGGCUGGUCAAGCUUUUCUAUGCGUUCCAGGACCCUGAAAAUGUCUACCUUGCAAUGGAAUUUGUUGCCGGUGGAGACUUCAGAACUUUGCUCAGUAAUGCGGGAUAUCUGAUUCCACCUCACGCGAGAUUCUAUAUCUCUGAAAUGUUCGCUGCAGUGAACGCUCUGCAUCAAUUGGGCUACACCCACAGAGAUCUCAAGCCAGAGAAUUUCCUGAUUGACAACAAGGGCCAUAUCAAGCUGACAGACUUUGGAUUAGCUGCAGGCUCGGUCUCAAGCGACAGAAUCGAAAGCAUGAGAUUGAGACUCAACCAAGUGAAGGACCUGGAGUACCAUCCACAGGAGAGAACCUUCAGCGAGAGACAGCAGAUGUACAAGUCUUUGAGAGCAAAGGACAUUCAGUUUGCCCACUCAAUUGUUGGAUCUCCGGAUUACAUGGCUCUAGAGGUUCUGGAGGGUAAACCAUACGAUUAUACUAUCGACUACUGGUCUCUGGGAUGUAUGCUCUUCGAAGCCAUUGCAGGUUAUACGCCAUUCUCUGGCAGCUCGACAAAUGAGACAUAUGCAAACCUCAAGAGGUGGAAAGAUUGUCUUAAGCGCCCCACUUAUGAAAACGGCAGAUAUGUUUUUAGUGACCGGACCUGGCAACUGAUCACCAGACUGAUUGCUUCUCCCAAGGACAGACUCCGUAGCUUGAAACAGGUUAUGGCCAUGCCGUACUUUGCAGAAGUCAACUGGGAUCACCUGAGGGAGCGUGUUCCUCCUUUCACUCCACAGCUUGACGAUGAAGAAGACGCAGGAUACUUUGACGAUUUCACCAACGAAGCGGAUCUGGCUAAGUACAAAGAAGUGAUGCGCAAAAGAGCUGCUGAUGAGAGAACAGCAGAUAAGGGAGGCAGAGGGGUGGACUCGAAGAACUUCGUUGGAUUCACUUUCAAGCACAAGAAGAAUCCUAAUGCCAGUAGUAUGGGGAUACUGACAACCAUUUCUCACAACGAACAAUCCAAUAUCACGCCCUCCGCCAACUUCCGUCGCCAUGAUGAUCCUUUUAGCACGCUUUACUGA